AUGCGCUUCUGGUUCUUCUGUACUUGCUUCAUCUUUGUUUAUGCUCAGACUGAUGCUGAUUCUGAUUACGAAGAGGACGAGAUAGAAUGGGAAUGUGGAACUGAUUCUUUCUCAAAGUAUAUCAGUGAAAACCAGAUAGACAUUGACUGUCCAAAGCUCAAACAAACUGUGAAUCAGUGCUGUAUCAAUCAUGAUAAGUGUUAUGACGACCAGAGAGGAAGAAAACUUUGUGAUGACAUGUUCUGCAACUGUCUCGAUAGUGUUACAACAGCGUCCCAAAUAUGCAAUAAAGAAGACUCGCCACUUUUUUGUGGUCUGGUCCGAGAAUUUGGUGAAGAUGCUUAUCUGAGAUCUGGCAAUGGAACAAUUGUUGCCAUCAACGAAACUGAAACAGCCACAGCGAAACCUCUUAAGGAAUCGGAACAUCUAGUACAUGACUAUGAAUACAUUGUGAGUCACAACACCACAAAUGGUGAUGUUACUUCUUUGGAGGAAGAUAUCAAACACAUAGAAGAAAGCAUAAAAGAUGUGAAAAGUUCACACUAG